CCGCCUCCUGCUUCCCACCUGAGGGACUCACCUGAGCAUCUGCCGUGACGUGCCGUGCCUGUCCGCACAGGUAUCGCAGCAUCAGAGAGCAGCGGACCCGGAGAUGGCGGAGUCUCAGCUGGUGUGCAUGGACGACGAGCACGUCAACGAGAAGAUCCCGGAGACUAAACCGCAGUUUUACUACAGCGAGGAGCAGCGUGCGGCUCUGGAGCAGCUCCUGAAGAACGGGGACGGGGCCUUCAAGAUGCGCCUCAAAGAGGACAACGUCAAGGACUUCCUCUGCGCCAGGGAGAUCAAAUUCAUCCGGGAAACUUUUCAUGAGUACGAAACGGACAGUGACUCUGAGUCUGCAGAGCAUGAGAAGUCCAAGGCGUCCUCCAUUGCUGACUCCGGUGUCCACUCCACCUACUGGCCCGAGAUGUCGGACACCGAAGUCCCGUCUCUGGACAUCGGCUGGCCCGGCAGCAGCGGCGUUUACAAGGGGGUGACCCGGGUGUCCGUGUUCUCCCAUCCACCCAAAGAGUCCGGGCCGCAUAUCAAGGAGGUGGUGAGGAGGCUCAUACAAGAGGCACACAAGGUGGUGGCCGUAGUCAUGGACCUCCUGACAGACCUGCAGAUCCUCCAGGACCUACUGGAUGCGUCGUCACGGCGCGGGGUGGCUGUCUACGCUCUGCUGGAGGCCAGGGGAGUGCCCCACUUCCUGGAUAUGUGCACUCGGCUGCAGGUUAAUGCAGUGCAUCUGCGGAAUCUCCGUGUGCGGAUGGUGAGAGGUUCAGGGCUGGCCCUGUCAUUUGGAAAGCUGCCCGGGUCUCUGUGCUCUAAAUACAUGCUGGUGGAUGGAGAGAAAGUCAUGUUUGGGUCUUACAGCUUUACCUGGAGUUCCUCUCGGAUGGACAGGAACACGAUCACCGUGAUGUCGGGACAAAUCGUGGACUCCUUCGACAACGACUUCAGGGAGUUGUACGCCGUGUCUGAACAGGUGGACCUCUACAGGGAGUUCAACAUCACCAAGCCGCCUAUUGCAACGCCCAUCAGGAAACCAAAGGUGGAGAAAAUCCAGCCUCUACCCGUCUCCAUGUCUCGCUUUCAAGUAUCUGUCGGGGACUCCAGACAGGUCGACCUAAAGGUGCCUGCACAUAAAUACCACAAUCCUAAGUACUCUUUAGUUUUUGGGAACAGUACGGGCCUCACAGGUUCUCUACAAGAUCUGUCGACCCCGAGCGACUCGCUCAUCGGCGGGCUGAACUUGAGGAACGGCCUGCAGAACCGCAUCCUCCAUGGCGGCAUGAACAGCAGUGACCACGUGGACCGAGUCCCCCCACAGAGUCCCGGUUCUCCUGCAGACGAGGAGGAUGAGGAUGGAAAGGAAGGCUUGAAGAAGAACCAGGUCUUUGGAGCGAAGAAACAACGGAGCUCCUUCAGGCACUUCCUGAAAGGCAGGGGAGCCAAUCAGAGCACAGAGACAAUAGAGGAAGGCGUGGUCACUCCUCAGGGCCCCUCCCCCACCUGUAAGGUGUCAGAGACCAAUGGCGUCGCAGGAAAUGAGCUAGAGGACUCGUUUGAGAUCAUUGAGAAACCCGGUACACUGAAAUUCAAAACCAAGAAGCCCUCAAAGAUCCUUCAGAGAAGUAUGUCCCUGCAGACCAUCAACACUGGAGACGAAGACGGAUCAAAAAGCCACCGCCGGCAUCAAAAGAAGAACUGCAUCCAGUCCUGAGAUCAGAAACAAGAGGACAGUCUGUCAUUAGGGUUAUAAAGAGCAGCGGAGGAUCUUGUGGCUGAGUCACAGGAUAACCUCACUGUAACCGGGUGACAUUACUGUCUCUGGCCUUCAGGUUAAAGUCCUUAUGGGAGUGACCACCAAUGAGAUGUUGUAGUUUAACUAAGCAUGUGAGUAAAAAACUUCAAGUGCUGAUGGAGGGAGAUUUCAUCGCCAUUGUUUUAGUUUUUCUAUGGGCUUUUUUAAAUUAAAUUAUUCAACAGUGUUUUUAUAUUUUAUGCUUGAACCUAAACUCCAUCAGAGCAGCCCAGGCUGUGACCAAGGUAGCUUGGGGGCAUUGCAUCACACCUGGUUGCUAUGGAGACAGGAGAAGUUGUGCUUGUUGUCCCUGAGUGUCGCCUUACAGACAGGACCCUUGGUAACCGAAUAAGUGUUCAUCGGAGAGUGUUGUACAUGCUGUGAAUAAUGUACACAGCGCUGAGGUGUGCGGUGUUGACACAGUCCAGCUUUGUUUCUGCACGCUGUGUGAGGACUCUGUAUGUUUACACUUUGGGUUUGUUCAGGUGAAACUGGCAAAGAUAAGAUUGGGAAUUCUUGAGAACCACUUUAGAGGCAAAUAAUCCUAAUUUUGUAGCAGAAAUUGAAUAAAAGAGAUGAAAACAUCAGAUAAAAAACUGGUUUGUGUGAAAUGUCAAGUAAAAUUCCAACUUUCCCAACAAGUCAAAAAGGCUAUUGUAUAAAAAAAAAAAAAUGUCAUUCAUUUUUGAGAUGUGAAGCGGAGCCAAAGAGCAAAAUUACAUUCAGGUACAUUACCAUUGGAAACAUGUUUACUAGUCUCCCUGAAGAGAAAAGACUGUAAUUAAGACUGAAGACGAAAUCCAGUUAAUGUUUUAGCAAAAUGUCCUUUAGUCCUGAUGAAUUCUUCUGGUUAGAUAAUUUAUUUGUUGAGCCUGGGAUUUAACAUUAACCCAUGAACAUUAGUUUGUCCCUUUAGUACAGGCAGCCUUUAGUAUCAAAAGUUUAAAAAAAUCUGCAAAACAUAUUUGUGUCUUAUAAGGAAUCUAACAGUCUAUUAAGUUCAUAUGAGCAUACCAACAUUACUAACAGGUCUAAAUGAGCAUUCAUUAAUAUGGUUUAAUAUUACCCUGUUGUUUGACCAUUUCAUCCAAUUCUAAGAAGUACAUUUGCUGUUUUCUGCAGCAGUUCUGAAAUUGUUCUCUCAUCCCCAGUCAGAUACUUUUUAGCAAAUGCAGUGCAUUAGUUCUGGAAAUGUCUUUCAAUAUCACUUUUUAGGACUUGUAAUCCGUAGCUCGUCUAUGAAAAGACCGCUACGUAAUGCGACUGAAAUGUUAUGUAGCCUCAAUGGAGAAUGUAAGAAUCACUUUAGACUUACAGCAAUGGUAAAUGAAAAACUAAAAUGUUUAAAAAUAACCAUUAAUAAUUUUCAAAUCCCUUUUUG